UCUUUCCAAUCACUUAUUGCAAUAGCAGACAUCCAGCAAUUUACACACGAAAAAUGCCUAAAAAGAAAUCUCGCAAUCCUAAGAAGGAAACUGAAAACGAAUGUUCAAAUAAUAACGUAGAAAAUGAUGUUGAUGAUGAAUUUACUGAUCAGUUGAAAGAAAAUUUGGUCCUGGAUGGUGAUCAUAAUGAAAAGGGUAGUGGUGAGGCAGAAAAACCUCACUCAAAGAAAAAAACAAAGAAAAAAGAGAAACUUACCAAGAAGAAAGCUCCUGAAAUUGAAAACAAAAAAGAUGAUUCUGACUCAGAAAUCAGUGAAGUUAAUGAUAUGAACAAUGAUGAUGAUGAUAUGAAUGAUGCAGAUGAAUCUGCAUCUCUUUCUAAUCAAGAAAAUGAAACAUCUAAAGAAACUGAAAAACCUAAAGUUAAACUAUCACAUAAAGAAAAGAAAAAAAUGAAAAAACAAAUGGAUUAUCAAAAACAGAUUGAAACUCUGGCUGGAAAAACACAUGAUGACCAGUUUACAGUAUCUCAGGCAGAAAAGUCAGCUGCACAACAGAUACAAUUAGAAAAUGCAGUAGACAUUAAGGUUGAUAAUUUUUCAAUAUCAGCUCGAGGGAAAGACUUAUUUAUAAACGCUAGUUUACAUAUCACUGCUGGAAGAAGAUAUGGACUUGUUGGGCCGAAUGGGCAUGGCAAAACAACAUUGUUAAAACAUAUAGCAAACAGAUCAUUAAACAUACCCCCAACUAUAGAUGUGCUGUUGUGUGAACAAGAGGUUGUGGCAGAUGACACUCCAGCUGUUGAAGUUGUUCUAAAAUCUGAUACUAAACGUUCUGAGUUAUUAGAUGAAAUGAAGAACCUGGAAACAGAGAUGGAUAAAGGCUCUUUAAAGAAACAAGAGAGACUUAAUGAAGUCUAUGAUGAAUUAAGAAUUAUUGGAGCAGAUUCUGCUGAAGCUCGUGCACGUCGUAUACUUGCUGGUUUGGGAUUCACACGUGAGAUGCAAGACCGCCCUACAAAAAAUUUCUCUGGUGGAUGGAGAAUGAGAGUUUCUCUGGCCAGGGCUCUGUUUAUGGAACCUACAUUGCUUUUGUUGGAUGAACCUACAAAUCAUUUGGACUUAAAUGCUGUUAUUUGGCUUGAUAAUUACCUUCAAGCUUGGAAAAAAACAUUGCUAGUAGUAUCUCAUGACCAGAGCUUCUUAGAUAAUGUUUGCACAGACAUAAUUCAUUUGGAUUCCUUGAAGUUAUUUUACUAUAGAGGAAAUUAUAGUCAGUUCAAAAAAAUGUAUGUGCAAAAGCGAAAAGAAUUAGUGAAAGAGUAUGAGAAACAAGAAAAGCGACUUAAAGAAAUGAAAGCAUCUGGGAAAUCUACCAAAGUUGCUGAAAAAGCAACAAAAGAGGCAUUAACUCGAAAGCAGCAGAAAAAUCAGCAGAAGCGCCAGAAUGAUUCUGAUGCAGGUCCAACAGAACUAAUUAAAAGACCUAAAGAAUAUUUGGUUAAAUUCCAUUUUCCAAAUCCUCCACCUUUGAAUCCACCCAUAUUGGGUUUGCAUAAUGUGGACUUUGGAUAUCCUAGUCAGCCUCUGCUUUUUAAGAAUGUUGAUUUUGGUAUAGAUAUGUCCUCAAGAGUGGCAAUUGUUGGACCGAAUGGUGUAGGUAAAACUACAUUUUUAAGGCUGUUAACUGCAGAAUUAUCUCCUACUCGUGGUGAACAGCGGCAGAACCAUCGACUUAGAAUUGGAAAAUUUGAUCAGCAUUCCGGUGAACAGUUGAAUCUCGAUGAAUCACCUGUGGAAUAUCUUCAAAGGUUGUUUAACCUAAAUUACCAAGAUGCUCGAAAGCAGUUAGGAAGCUAUGGUCUUGUGAGCCAUGCUCAUACAAUCAAGAACAGAGAUCUUUCGGGCGGGCAGAAAGCUAGAGUCGCUCUUGCAGAGUUAGCACUUCGAGCACCAGAUGUCUUAAUAUUGGAUGAACCGACAAAUAAUUUAGACAUUGAGUCAAUUGAUGCUUUAGCUGAAGCCUUAAAUGAAUAUGAAGGAGGUGUUGUGAUAGUUACUCACGAUGAACGUUUGAUUAGAGAAACCAACUGUCAGUUGUGGGUAAUAGAAAACCAGAACAUAGAUGAGAUAGAUGGGGACUUUGAUGAUUAUCGAAAAGAACUAUUGGAAUCUUUAGGUGAAACCGUCAAUAAUCCUAGCAUAGCAGCUCAACAAGCCAUGAAACAAAUUGAAUGACAUCUGUAAAAAUUUAUGGAUAGCAAAUUUAAUAAAAUAUAUUUCUUAAUA